AUGCCUACAAUCAAGAAUCUAGAUCAAUUCUUUGAAUUAUCCACGAAUUUGGUAGCCAACUUCCCAUCGACCACACUUUCAAUAACAUAUUCCAACACCGCCAAAAAAUUAUCUUCCAAAAAAUCCAAACCAUCUACAACAACCGCUGAUGCAUCGUCUAGCACUAAACACAAACCACCAACGCAUACAAUAAAUAUCAAACUAUACGAACCUCAUACCGGUAAAUGCUUGAAAUACAAAACCACAAAACAAAAGGAAUUUAGUCGUAUAUUGAAUGUGUUGGGUCCACAAGGUGUCAAUAGUAAUGGAUUGGGUUUGGCCAGUUUGAUGUCAAAUACAAAAUACGUACCUGAACCUGUAGUUGAGGAAAGCAAAAAGGAUACUGGUGCCAAUGAUGCUGUUGUAACUAAGGAGAAUACACCAGUUGUAGAAGAGAAUAUACCAGCUCCAAGUGGGUCCAAAAAGAAGAAUAAGAAAAAGAAGAAGAACUAA